AAACCAUUCAACCAGUUCAAUUUUAGUCCUCGACUUGACUAGACGCUAGUAUCCACCUAAAAGUUUAAGUUGUACCUUGAUUUCUUUCAUUUUAUUAAUUCAAGAUCAGUGUUAAUUUUAAAAUAUCAAUUAGUUUCUUUAGAUCACUUUCCUCACUCAUAUUUUUAAAAGUGUACGUCAUAAUUAUUAAAGAUGGCAGCAGAAGUUGGUACUCCCUCUUUUAGCCAAUUGCAAUCAGUUCAAAAAGCAAUGGCUUUACCAUCAGUAGAAGCUGCAGUCGGACAAGUUGGGGCUCUAUACAGCAAAGUAAAAGGAGCACACUCUCUCCUUGAAUGGGCACUGUCAACAGCAGAAGCCAGUGUCACACUAGCAGCACAUACUGCUGCACCAUUUGUUGCUGCACCCCUUGCAAUAGGGGAUGCAAAGGUUGCUGCGGCACUUGGUGAAUUGGAGAGAAGAAUCCCGAUAGUAACUGAGCAACCUAAAGUUAUUGUGGAGACCACCAAACAGGCUGUGCUUUCAAAAAUUUCCCCACAGUUAAAUAGGGUAAAUCUAAAUCAGGUUUAUGGAGCCCGCGUAGCUGCCGAACAGAAAGUGAAGUCACUCAAGGAACUCAGCUGGGUCAAAGCAAACUCCUUGCUGUCCACGGCCUAUGGCCAGAAGGCUAUGCAGGGGGUUGACUGUGGAGCCGUGUAUGCUAUGAGACUUCUUGACCACUACCUGCCGCCCGCUCAGGGUGAGGCUCCAGUGAGCACAGAGAUAGUACCAGCAGAUACAGAUCCCACAAUGCACACCGUACAGACUGUGGGUCGGCUCAGCGCCGUGGCUGCGAGACGUGUUUGGGCCAACCUUGCCGUCAAAGUCACUGAGCUAAGGAGCUCAGGUAUUGAACUAGACGUGCGCCGCUACAUCACGGCACUAUUAGCCGCACUUCAUCUCGCAAAGGUCACAAAUGAUGAACAACAGAAAGAUCAAAGUAUUGAAGAGAGAAAAGAACAAAAGUCCGCUGAACCUACCCCCGAAAAUACCCCAAAUAAAAAUGAAACACCCACUUCCCCUCCAACCAUUGAAAUUGUCAAAGCAUCACCCGAAGCAAAGUCUGAGGGUGACCAGUGAAAAAAAUUAUUUAUUAUUUAUAAUGUUAAGAAUAACCACAGUGAAGAUAUUAUAUUUCUAUCUACAUUGUUUUGGUAAUAUAUUUACUCCUAUAUAAUGAAAUUAUGAGACUGAUGUCUAUGCAUGCCUAUAUGAAUUUUAUAUUGUGAUUAUCAAAUAUAAGCUCUUGAUAAAA